CUUCAUCCGGGUAUCCAUCGUAGCUAAUCUGGUAUUUUAAAGGUACCAAUAUGGCGGAGGCUUCCUUUGGAAGUACGAGCCCAGUUGGCUCUCUGUCUUCGGAAGACCAUGACUUUGAUCCAACAGCGGAGAUGUUGGUCCAUGACUAUGACGACGAGCGAACGUUGGAGGAUGAAGAGAUGCAGGAGGAAGGAACAAGUGUCAGUGCAGAAAUAGAUGAUUUAGAAAAGGAGGGAAACAUGCCACUAGAGGAGCUGUUGACAAUGUACAGAUAUGAGGCCUCUGUCAGCCUGGCAGGAGGCUCCAGCGCAGAUAGCUCUUCUGCAGAACUAACAGACGAGCUACCCGACAUGACUUUGGAUAAAGAGGAAAUUGCUAAAGAUCUACUGUCGGGUGACGAUGAAGAAACACAGUCCUCAGCAGAUGACCUCACACCUUCGGUCACAUCCCAUGAAACCAGCGACUUCUUCCCUAGAACAUUGCGCUCUAACGCCAUAUAUGAUGGGGACAAGGAAUCAGAGGGAGAGGAAGAUAGUGUGUGUCCUGAUGAUUCCAGAAAGGAAAUAAUGGUUGGAUACCAGUAUCAAGCUGAGAUCCCUACACUUGUCUGCAACUAUGACGAUGAUGAAAAGGUGUAUGAGAACGAAGACCAGUUGCUAUGGCAGCCUGACUCCCUGUCCGAGCAGAGAGUCAAAGACUACCUGCGUGACAGUGCCGCCCCAUUAGUGGAUGGGAAGGUGGCCACAGUGCCUCAGGGUUGUCUUGUUCAAGACAAUGAGCAGGCCUUGUAUGAGCUUGUGAAGUGCAACUAUAACGUCCAAGAUGCUCUGGAGCGAUACCGCAGGAAUGGAAAGACUUUGAAAGGACAAAUGUCCCCGUGGUCCGAGGAAGAAUGCAGAAACUUUGAACACGCGCUGCUCCUGUACGAGAAGAACUUUCACCUCAUACAGAAGCAUAAGGUGAAAACAAGGACAGUGGCUGAGUGUGUGGCCUUCUACUACAUGUGGAAAAAAUCGGAGCGCUUCGAUUUCUUCGUCCAGCAAAACCGGUUUGGGAAGAAGAAGUACACCAGCUACCCCGGCGUAACGGACCUUAUGGACCGCUUGGUGGAUGAGGCGGAGGGCCUGGUGGAUGGUUCAGCUUCUGUGUGCUCCAGCAGCAGUGGCGUUGGUGGGAUGGAGCCCACAGCCGAGCAGCAGCUCAGCCUUCUCAACUCCAUCACUGCCAGCGACCUUUCUGCAUUGACCAGCAGCGUAGCAUCGGUGUGCAACACUGCAGAUGUAAACUGCUUGGACUCAUACAGUUUUCCCCAGCUAGAGGGCCUCCACCGGGCCUCCCUGAACCACAACGAGGCCCUGGGCUUCACCCCCAACGGGCCGGUAGAUCCCGACUGUCUCAACCUGCUUGGUGCCGGGUUCUACCACUCUGACCUGGGACAGCUGGGUGCCUGUGCCACAGACUGCGAGCGCCCACCCUCCAAGCGCCUCAAGUUGAGCUUGUCGGAGCCCUUCAAUCAGGCAGCCGUGGGGAACUUGGGGCUUGAUUAUGAGGCUGCCACGCGCGCGCACCACAUCACCAGCGCCAAAAUGGCUGUGUCAGUGACGGACUUUGGCAGCCGGGCAUCUGGCGAGGCUAACAGCUACAUGGGAGUACACUCGCACGCUCACACUCACACAUUGCACCAACAGCAUACGGCGGUACAAUCCGAGUGAAGUGUGACCCUCCCACAGACUGUACAUAUUUGUUAGAGAAUCUAUUUGCUGUUCUAAAUAUGUGUGUGUGUGUGUGUGUAUAUGUGCGCACAGACACAACCUUUUUUACUAUGACAUCAGUGAUGUCAUCUUGUACAGAACUAUAAGGAACUAGAGGAACAAAAUCUUGAAUUCUCAAGAGUUGAAUAGCCAUUUACUUUUCAGUCUUAAGCUCUGUGAAAGGUUUCCACAAACCACCACACACAUGAUCUGUAGUGUCUUCAUAUGGUGGGACUGAACCUUCAUUGGGAUAGACCAUGCCCCCCCCAACCCUCACAGUGGCCCUACAGUCACACUCACUAACCUGACCCUGGAUGUAGCAUUUUUUUUUAAGGGUCUUAGUUUUUUGUAUAUUUUAAACAGAUGCACUUACCAAGUGCAAAUAAAAGACAGACUUUGUAAAUUUGGGACUCAGAAGAAGCACUUCAAAUUAUAUAAUGGUGAGAAAGGAGUUUACACCUCGGAAAUUUGCAAGUCAAACCAGUUCAGAUUAUUUCCCCCCCAUGUUAAAACAUAAUUAUUGUUUGUGGUGACUUCAGCCAUGUUGAGAUGAGCUGUAUUGCAAAAUGUAACAAAUGACAGUAAAAAUGAACAAUCUUUGCGUAUGUGUUUAGCUGAUGAAAAAGUUUGCUAAAUCGGGGGGGGGGUGUCUUGUUUGGCAAAGUGUUUGUAUUUAUUACAAAAGGCAUUGGACUGCAACUUAGUCACUGACAUUGUAUACUUUUUCCUGUUUUAUACCUCUGAAAAUGCUUUGCAGGCAGAGAAAGGCACAUAAGCGCAAUUGUGUUAGAAAGCACCAGGGUAGUAUUGUUUGCUAUGAUUGCUAUUUAUACUUGGUUGCGCAUGUAUAUCCCACAAGUUGUACUGUAAGGUUAAGUAAAAAAUGGUUGGAGUCUUAACA